AUGAGCCUGCUGUCGGCCAUCGACACGAGCGCCGCUUCGGUGUACCAGCCCGCCCAGCUGCUCAACUGGGUCUACCUGUCGCUUCAGGACACGCACCAGGCGAGCGCCUUUGAUGCUUUUCGGCCCGAACCGCCCGCCGGCGCCGCGCCCCCAGAGCUGGCCUUCGGGAAGGGCCGCCCGGAGCAGCUGGGCUCGCCCCUGCACUCCAGCUAUCUCAACAGCUUCUUCCAGCUGCAGCGCGGAGAGGCGCCAAGCAGCAGCAUGUACAAGAGCGCCUCGCCCUACGGCUCCCUCAACAACAUCGCCGAUGGCCUCAGCUCCCUCACUGAGCACUUCUCGGACCUGACCCUCACCUCUGAGACCCGCAAGCCCAGCAAGCGGCCCCCACCCAACUACCUGUGCCACCUGUGCUUCAACAAAGGACACUACAUCAAGGACUGCCCCCAGGCACGUCCCAAAGGUGAGGGUCUGACCCCGUACCAGGGCAAAAAGCGCUGUUUCGGCGAGUACAAGUGUCCCAAGUGCAAGAGAAAAUGGAUGAGCGGGAACUCGUGGGCCAACAUGGGGCAGGAGUGCAUUAAGUGCCACAUCAACGUGUAUCCGCACAAGCAGAGACCCCUGGAGAAGCCCGACGGCCUGGAUGUGUCCGACCAGAGCAAGGAGCACCCCCAGCACCUCUGCGAGAAGUGCAAGGUCCUGGGCUACUAUUGUCGCCGGGUGCAGUGAGCCGGCCCCCGCCGCUGCAGGAGACGCCCCUCCCUGUCCACCCGCCUUGCCGCGUGUCCUUGUGCGCGUGGGGGCAGCCUCACGGCCUUACGCGCCGGGCAUGGGUGUCUUACGCUCUCGUCUCGUGUGUGCUGACAGUGUUACGGAUGCGGCCGCCCCCACAGAACGCCGGGUCUGCCCCCCCAGGUGGGCCUGGGGUCUGUGUGCAGGGGACGGGGUGAGCAGAGGUCAGCACCCAGGACCCCAUAAAGCCCUUGGUGUCCCCUUGCCAGCGGUCUUCCUCUGAGACUCCCUUUGGGGUGAGCAGCCUUGUAUUGGCCACAAGUGCACUAAAUGUACUGUGAAUCCCAAAGCCUGCAGGGGACUGUCUCCCCAAGACUAGCCAGGCCUCCUUCUCUACCCAGAACCUUCCAGUUUGCCCUGUGUGCAAAGCCACUCUCAGAGAGCCCUAUGUUUCUGUCCUGUUUGAGUCAGCAAUCCUGGCGAGCUGAUACCUGUUCUAGCAGCUGCUGGGGAGUGGGCAUCUCUGCCCCCUGCCCACCAUGAGCCCCAAACCCCACUGCCUGUGACAUCAUUAACAUUGCACAACCUAGGGAGGAGCUGAAUGUUGGACAGGGUUCCACGGUGUGACCUGGGGCACAUCAGAUAACACCUUCCCCUGCCCCCCACCACACACUUCUCCCACUUGGGAUUGGAUUUUGUCAAGCCCCUUCCCUACCCUUCUCCUUCACCCCCACCCGUGCUGGGGUCUACCCCCUGAUCGAGGCCUUAGGG